AUGCCGUACCUGCUGGCCACCUGCUCCGAGAGCUCGACCGGGCGCAACAUGGGCCGGGCGAAUUUCUGGACCCAGGACGAGGACGGCGGUCAACACAUGCGCUGGAAGCGUUGUUUCGGGGGGAGCCUUGUCUUCCUCUUCCAAUUCACCCGCGCCCUGGCUGUGGGCCUCAUCUUCCUGAGCCACGUGUGGCACUUGGAGCUCGUCUAUGGGCGCCUCAUCGCGCUGCAGGAAAGCUAUGGAGAGCAGUUGCCCUGCACACACCUGAUCCGGUGGUUGUUGCUGAGCCUGGUGCCGGCCAUGUCAGCGCUGGUGCCCGCGAGCUUCUUGAACCUCAAGGCCUUAGUCCUGGCUAUCGCUUCCGCGUUGAGCACCGCUUUGAUGAUCUCCGCGGCGUUGUUUUGGAUGGCCAUCACUGUGCCGCUGCAAGACCUGCGCUCCGUGGAUCGAGGAGCAGCGAGCGUGGUUCAAUCCUCAGACUUGACCUACGCCAUCGGCUCCCUAUGGCGUCAGAGGCUGGAGAUUUUGCUGAGCAUCACCUGCAUGGCGGCGAACAUUGCGGCGGUGGCGCUGGACUUUAUGUUCAACACGGAGCUGUCCAACUUUUUGCAGAUCGUCGCCUUGAGCGUCGAUGGCUUGUGGACAGCCUGCUGCAUCACCUGGCUCUCUGGCAUUCGCUUGAACGCCCCGCGGGUCCACAAGGACAAGGAAGUGAAGAAGGAGGUGCAGUAUCGGCAGCCCUGCACCUGUCAAGAGGCAGGGUCCUGCGACGGCUGCAUCUGGGAGCAGAACGUGGCUUCCUUGGCCCGCCGCCAGAUUCUGCCAGGACAGCUCCUGGACCUCUACGCUGCACUGGGCGGCGACGGUGACGGCACGCCGGACCCCCACCACUUGCGUGUCAGCAAGACCCAGUCCAUUGUGGCCAUGGUCUUGGGUGCGGAAGCCAUGCCCCACUUCGAGCCGGAGAGGUCCACCACUGGGGACGUGGUGUGGCAAGCCAUCAUCCCCGCCACCGCCUCCAGAGGCCGCGACGGCUGCGGCAGCUCGUUGGCCAGCUUGCUCCCCGCGGGCCCGGCGGACCUGGCGCCGCGCAUGGUGACCCACCACUGGGGCAACCGCUUCGUGGAUCUGGUGGCUGCGGUGGUGGCGGAUGCUUUGGGCUUGAACCACUUCGACACCUUGGCGCAGAACUUGUCCGAGGACCACGCAGGGCGGCGCUCCGAGGUGAACAAGCUCAAGGAGAAGCUCUGGAACCGGGGGCUCGGCGACCAGCCCUACUGGAUCUGCGCGGUCUGCAUCAACCAGCACAGCAGCAUUUGCAACAAUCCCCGCAGCUUCUGCGACACGGUGACGGGUCAGCCGGUGCCGUGCUGCGAGUGCGAUACGCCGAAGAUCCUGAACGACCAGUACCUCCAAUGUGAGUUGAACAAGUUCGAUGACAUGAUGAUGCACCUCUACUACGUCCACGGGAGCGCCUUUGUUCAGGUCCUCGCCAUCGACAGGGACUUUGAGAUCUUCUCGCGAGCCUGGUGCCUUGCGGAGAUGGUUCAGGCGGAUGCAUGCCGGAUGGACCAGCACGUGCUGCUCCAUUCGCCGGAGGCGUUAGAGAAGAACUCCGCACGGCUGGUGUCCAUCCGCGUCCAGGACUGUUCCGCCACGCGACCAGAGGACAAGGAGGCGAUCCUGUCGAACAUCGGCGGGGCCCGAGAGCAGGAGCAGUUCAAUGACCGGCUGAGGGAUCUCUUGCUGGGCGCCAAAGGUCUGCUGGCCAAGUGGCUGGACGGCCAAACCAACCUGCAGGGCAUAGGCGCUGUGGCCGCGCGCGUGAAGGCGGAGACGCGCGCCCACGAGGACUAA